CGCGGACUGGUCAUUCGAUGAUCAGUACUGAGUGCCUCCUCAGGACUUCGAGUCCUCUUGCUAAUGCUGCUACGGGUAUCUGAUGCGGAUGGAGUGUGCUCGCGACCACGGAUUCUGAACAUGUCUGUGCUGGUUCGGGAAGAGAUGCACGGUCGACCGCGUGCCACAAUACGACAGCAUUUUUUGUGCUGUCUCAAACAAACCCCGACUGGAGACUCCGCCUGUUUGUUCAAGCAUGUUCUAUCAUAUGAUAGCUGCGAUAUGGGCACGAAGAGGCUGCUAGCGGUUGUCAGGAUCGGCGAAACCGCAUACGCCUGCUCCCUUUCGUUUCUCGUUUCAAUCCGGCAGACAAAGCAUUGAUAUGGCAACGCUGGACGGUGUAGCAUGGAAUCGAAGAAGAAAAUUCGGCGCCACACAGUCCUGGGCCGCGUAUAAAAAGGCACGCAUGUAUGCUAUGGCGACUAUUCUAUCGCCACCUCAAGUUUCACCCGUGCCGCUCUUUCAUCAACAUCACCUUCAUCACCCUCGAGCAUGCCCGGACAUUCCGACGACUGGUGGCCCGACUUCAUCGCGGAAGAGUAUGCAAGGGAAAGCGCUUUGAAGGAAAGCAUACCUUUCAUGAAAGAAGAGAUCGGAUGGCUUCGAGGUUGGGUGGAGAUAGCCGAGGAACGGUUCCGUUACAACCAGCCGCACGCUUACACACAGAAAACGCAUUACGCGUACCGGCUGCUCUUCCUGUUCUUGGAUAGGAUGAUACUCGCGCUCUACCGCAAGAACUGCGACAAGACGUUCCAUCGUUCAGAGCACGACCACGUCCGAUUCAGCGUCGAAUUAUAUUUACCCGAAGUUUCCCGCGUCAUGGCGCUCGUUAGCGAUCGGAUUGACCCUGAAUAUCAAUGUAGUGCCGACCACUACGUAAAUGCUAAGAUGAAUGAACGAGAUCUGGAGUGGAUUCAGAAGAGCAUCCAGAACAUCCGGAAGGUGGCUGAUUACGCCAAACCGGGAAGCCGCUACGGCUGCCUUCCUUCGACGACAGCCGUCAUCGACUCCCUCGAUGUGUUGUGCGCAACCAAAGUCGAGAAGAGCGACUGGAGGAAACAUAGGCAGAAGAUCGUGGAUCGUGUUCAGGAACUUCGGAAGUUCCGUGAUAUCAUGCCCGAAAAGAAGUAUGUGGAUAUACGACCGGCCCUCCGACGUGCAUGCGAACUGGCGAGAUAUCCGCUGGGGGAUGUCUAUUGCGACGAGACCGUGGACGUGCUGCUGCACAAGAGCCCGUUGCAAGGGCGCACGACGGUUCGGCACAGAUCGGGCCACUUUUUAGAUCAACCGCAGUCGACCUUUUGGCACCCCCACAAGAAGGAUCGCGCCAAGGAACGCUUCCAACGUGGCUUCGAGAUAUGGAGGAAGAUAUACGAGGAAGAUGAUGAGGGCGUUGUUCUACCUCUUUGGGGGUUCUGCAAGCGAACGUUCGGGCUACUGCAAGUCACGUUAUUUACCCCUUGCACGCUCGGUUCAGUCGUCGCCUACAUCGCGGGGCGCCCUGACGCGGACCGCCUCCUCCUGCUCGUCAAGAUGGCGCGCUGUGUAAGAUCAAUCCAUGCAAGGAACGUAGUGUUGGGCACGCUUGACGGGGCGACGUUCCAGGUCAUGGAAAAGACGGGACAGCCGGAAAUUUUCCUCUCGAAAUUCUACAAUGCCCAAUUCAUCUCGGAUUCAGGCCUUUGGCUUCCAUCAUCAGCAUAUCCUGAGACGCAGUGGACCACCGCCCCGGAGUGCGACCCCUUGAGUCCCAACAGCUACGACAAGCAGGCGGACAUCUGGCCCUUAGGCGCGCUCAUUAUCCGAGCAAGUUCAUGUCCUAUUUUCAUCAUUCAAACGCCUAAGUGA